GUUAAAAAAAUUCCAUCAAAUUGACAGUAAGUGUUAACCAAAUGUCAGAUUGCUAAGAUUUUUGCUCACAAAGAAUAAAUUUUUCUGGGAGAAUUUUCUGUGAAAAUCCAUCUGCAAAAACAUCGUGUUUGUGAAGUAAAAGACAUCCCGUGUAUUUCUUGAAGUAAUUCCCAUUGUGAUAGACAUCCGCCCAGACAGGAUGGCAUACAGAAAGAUUGCAAUUUUGCUGCUUGUCUUUGUUGCUGCUCAGCAAAUUCAUGGAGCGGACUCAAAAGCAGACACCCCCGUGGAUCCUCCUACAAGCAGUACCGUGCAACCCCCGCCGGAAACAACGACUGAUAAGACAUCUACAACCACAACAACCACGGAGCCCACAACAAGCACGGAAUCCACAACAACCACGACAACCACCACAACGCCUCCAACAACUACCACCACCACCACCACGGAGGCCCCAACAACAACCUCCACAGCCGCUCCACCAGCCCCCACACCCAAGCCGGGACCCCUGCCUAAGCCGGAUAUGGGAAAAUGGCACUACAGGAACUCCACGACCAAUCAAACCUGCAUCAUCGUUCAGAUGGCUGUGCAGCUCAAUGUCACCUAUGCCCUUAAAGACAACACUUUGAAGACUAUUUUGUACAAUUUGCCGGCAAAUGAUACAACUGUGGCCUCUGGAUUUUGCGAUGGUGAGAAAAAUGUCCUCCAGCUUGUGUGGAAGAAAUCCAGCUGGGUCAGCCUUACGUUCACCUCCAAUAGUACAGUGAAGGAAUACAAAUUGAAUGAGCUUCGAUUUGAUCUCAAUGCAUCGGACAUUUUCCCAGAUGCUCAAGCUAAUCAAACGCUGACAUUGGUGCACAAGAAGAGUGAAUUCACAACACCCAUCACGAUGUCCUACCACUGCACUCGUGCCCAGACGCUGAAUCUCACAUCGGCCGAUGCCACCGAAGUCACCGUCCUGGGUCAGGCUCUUGUGUCUCGCCUCCAGCUCGAGGCAUUCCACACACGCGAUUCAGAUUCCUUCUCAACCGCCAAAGAUUGCGAUGCCAUCGACACACCGGACAUUGUACCCAUUGCCGUGGGAUGUGCCCUAGCUGGGCUCGUAGUUAUUGUCCUCAUUGCCUACCUCGUGGGGCGACGUAGGGCUCAGGCUCGUGGAUAUUUGAGCAUGUAAAGGAGCGUCGUGUCACGCAAGAGAGAGAGAGAGUGGAAGCUGGAUUAGUCGCCCGUCAUACCCUUCAAAUAAUAUUUCAUCCUCAAUUGCUGGAUUUUACGUUUUUCUUUCUUUUUUUUCGUCUUGAAUAUAACGCGAAAAGGCGUGUUUUUUCCGUCAAUUUUAACAAUAAUAAAAAAUCCCCGAUUUAAAUGAAAAUGAGUAAAUUUAGUACAUAUUUACCACAAAAGAGUUUAAAAUAAAAAUGAUUGGAUGCUGUAGGUGUAGAUUUUUUAAAAGGAGUCAAUAAAAUUGGUUGGAUUUACUGAGA